ACAAAAACGUCAUUCGCGUCAGAUCCAGAUCAGCUCAGCUGUAUUUGGUGUCGCUUCGGAAGUAAUUUUAGGAGUGUAUAUUUUAUAGAAUUUUUCAUUUUUUUUCUGUUAAAAAAGAUAUCAAAAUGUGUUAGACGGAACAUAAAUUGUUUGUGAAGCUUAAGGCUCACACUGACCUCACAAGCCAAUGGUUUUUUUUCAUUGUUAAGUGAGAGGUCCUUGUGUAGUUGUGAGUGGUGGUUAAAAGAAUCAAUAUGUUGAGGAUACAGGAGGUUCAUGAUGUUAGGAAGCUACAGAACAUGCUGGAGAAAGAGAUGCACAGGGAACACAAGCUUUGGGCGCCAUGUCUCAUUAACCUUGAGGACUCUGAGGAUAAGUACAUAACCAUGGAUGAUCGUGAUGAAGCUGUGAUGUGGUUAUUUGAAAAGAAUACUGUAUUUGAGUUUCAUCCUGAGACCUUAGUACAUAGCAUUAAUUACCUUGAUCGCUUUCUCAGUGUUAUGAAGGUUCACCCAAAAUAUAUGGUGUGUAUAACAGUUGCUUGUCUGUACUUGGGUAGUAAAAUGGUGGAAGAAGAUGAGGAUGUACCUUUGACUGGUGAUUUGAUUAGGGUCAGUAAAUGCGGUUGUUCUGUAUCAGAAGUUCUACGAAUGGAGCGCACAAUUCUGGACAAACUCAACUGGGAUAUGCAUGUUCCUACAUCCCUUGGAUUCCUUCAAAUUUUGCAUGCUCGGCUUCUUGCACACCAUCCACAACUACUCAAUGGCUUAGGCCACAUGACCGCCUCCCGUCACCUCUCCAUCCUGACAACCCGCCUGUUAACCAGCUUAAGCAAUGGGGUACUGUCACAGUACAGUGGAUCCACCAUUGCAGUCAGUCUACUCAGUCUGGAGCUUGAGAGACUAACUCCAGCAUGGUUGUCCAUUAUUAUCAUGAUGCAGGACACUGUCAAGGUGGAGAAUCAAGACCUAAUCCAUUGUCGUGAAGUGAUAAGUCAGACUCUUAUGGGUUAUCCAACUACCAAUGCACUCUACUACUGUAUCAACCCACCUUCUGUCAUUGACAAAUCUGAUCAUCAACUCAACAAAGUUAGCACUGACCUGGAUGAGAUCUUUGACAGUAUCAAGUUACUAUAUGAGGAUGGAUGGGAGAAAAAUCAGCCAGUAGUUUUAGAAAAACAGUGCAAAGGAUCUAGCCUGUCCCCUUGCCCACUGUUGCAAACUGUGGGACCAGUAUAGAUGGCAUGUUAUGACACUGUUGGUUAUACAAUAUUUAUUAAUAGUUUAUAGUGUAUAAAAAUCAAUUAAGAUGCUUGUAUAGAUCUUGUAAAGAUAAAAAAAAAUAUGUAUGAUUAUUUGGGAUGAUUGUAAAUAGACAAUAAUAUAAUGUAAAGACUGUUAAUAUGCAGGGGCAUGACUAACCAGUUGUGUUUCAGCUUCGUUCAAGAUUUUAAAUUUCUGUCCUCAUAUGUCCUCCUUUCAAGUGUUUUAAUGCGUGGCCAUUUUGCUGUUAUCUGUAAGAACUUUAUGAAAACUCUUAUUUUGACACAGAAAUUAGUAUGCUGUGUUAUAGUGUAAGGUUUACAAAUGCAUCAGUAUUGAUUCUAAUGCAUAUGUUGUUCAAACCCAGUGAAGUGGAUAUUAACAAUCAAUUACUUACAAAUACAAGGAGGAAGAUUAUAUCUACUCUUAAUAAUUUAAAAACAGCCAACACAGAUGAAUGAAUUGCUAUGCAUUAUUUUGAUUGGUUGAAUAAUAUUGAUCAACAAAUCAGAAUAAUGCUUAAAAACAGCCAACACAUAGAUGAAUCUCUAAGCAUUAUUUUGAUUGAUUGAUUGAUUAAUACAAUUUAACCAAUUAAAAUAAUGCUUAAAAACAGUCAACACAUAUAUGUUUCUAAGCAUUAUUUUGAUUGGUUGAUUAAUACUAUUUAUGGGAUUCACUAUCUUUAUAGAUUGUUUAUCUUGUCCACUAGGAGAAUGCAUGGACCUUAUUAAUAGGUCCAUGGGUGAUGUAUUCACCUGGAGUGCUUAGUUGAUUCUGUGCUGCACCAUAAGUGAUUUGUGUGUGGUUGACUUAACAUUAUAGCAGUUUGGUUGGCCUUUUAAAUGAUCAAUAAUAGAGUUUUGCUAUAUUCAUUUAGUGACAUGAAUUUGUAAGAUUUUGUAUACCAUAAAUUGUUUAAAAUUAUGUGAUUCUUUUUUUUAACACCAAGCAAUAAGCAAUCCAUUUGCAUUCCCAUUUAGUAACAAAGCAACACAACUUCUCACAUAUAAAUACAUCAUUAGAUAUUAUUUCAAUACUGUAUUAGAAAUCAUAAAUAAUUAUUAUAUAAAAUGAUUUAUUUUUCUGUGUAAUUUCAACAUUUCUUCUGUGAAGAAUUUAGUUUUAUGUAAAACAUUUAUAACGAAAGCCAGAAUGUGAAUCUUGUCUCAUAAUUCCUUCUUGUGUUUUACUGUUAGUGAUGGUUGUUUUUAUAUCCAUUGAUGUGUAUUUACAUAUACACUGCUAUAUUGUUAUAAAUGUUACAUUGACCCAUAUGAACAGUUCGCCUGUCUGCCAAAGCACACAACAGUCAAAUUGUUAUCAGUAUUAGAUUGUCCAGCAGAUUAUAGUUUUAUAUUGAUGCUUUUUGUAGGUCUGGUGGUUAUUUUGUAAUGAUAUUUUGUCAGGUUUGUUUUUUUUGUAAUGGGCAAAUAAGUGCAUGGUGAUAUAUUUAAAUAUCUUUAGUAGAGAGUUUAGUUUUAUCAGCCUCCUUUCCUUCAUAUGGCAGUUUAAAAUUGUAUUAGAAUAAGUCUUUGUUUAUUUCUGAAAAUGUCAAUGUUUGUCACAGAUAAUGCAUUUCAAUGUUUUUACACACUGCUGUACUAUGCUGGUAUCAUAUGUGAAAUUAGCAUUAUUUGAUUGUUCCUUUCCUUGAUAUGUUGUUCUGUAUGUGUUCAAUAAAAAUGCAAAGGAUAAUACAGA